AUGAUACCAAAACGUAUUUGUGUUUAUUGUGCAUCGAGUACUACCUGUGAUAAGAAAUUUUUGGAUGCUGGUCAACAAUUAGGCGAAGCGCUUGCACGAAUUAAUAUAACUGUUGUUUAUGGUGGCGCUCAGUUUGGUGUUAUGGGUGCUGUAGCUAAUGGAGCACUGAGUGCUCAAGGAAAAGUUAUUGGAUGGAUACCGAAAUUUAUGACAACUGAAACACUUCAUCCUGGUUUGACAGAAGUACAUGAAGUUGAAACAAUGCAUAUACGUAAACAUGGAAUGAUGAUGAAUUCUGAUGGUAUUAUUGCAUUACCUGGUGGUCCAGGGACAAUAGAAGAAUUAAUGGAAGCUAUAACUUGGAAACGUCUUAAAUUAAUUGAUUUACCUAUAUUUAUUAUUAAUAUCGAUGGAUUUUAUAAUCCAUUAUUAGACUUAUUCGAAAAUAUGUCUAAAGAAGGUUUUAUUAGUCGAGAGUUAGCAAAAGAUUGGUUUGUAGUUGUCAAUACAGUUGAUGAAGUUAUUGAAAAAUUAAAAUUAAUGAUAUAA